UAUUAAUUAAUAUUCAUGUUCUUCUUCUUCUUUUUUUUUUUUUUUAAGUGUGGAGAUCCUUUCCAAGAAGACAACCUUGUGAUGCUGAAUGGGUCUAAGGAUGAGGUGGAGAAGCUACAGAAGGCCAUGGAGGAGCACCGAUUAAAGGCUAAAAGUGCAAAAAAAUCUAAGAAGAGCAGAGAUACUAAAGUCUCCAAGUCACUGGAAUCAACAGGAAGCUGUGACACCUCAGAGACUCGAGUCUACAUCACUGAACGGAGAAGGCAGCAGUGGAAGCUGCGGUCUCCGGGACCGUCCACAUCCGGCGAGUGCUCUAAGAUGUUAAAGGCCCCCGCGGGACCCAUCGCUGGCAGUAAGAGAUCCAUCCAGGAAAUGAAGGACAAAUCUGAGACCUACAAGUCACUCUUCACCUCCCACAGCUCAGCCAAACGUACCAAAGACCAGACGUCCAACUGGGUCACACACACACCUUACCACUUCUGAGUGUGCUCUUCUUAGUGAAGCUCGCUCUCUAGUGGCCAGUUUUUGUAGGAGCAACAUUUUGACUGAUGGAUUGAUGCAUUGUUUUAAGCAGAUUUCUUUUUUCACCAUUGCAUUUUAUUUUCCUUAAUAUUAUCUUAAUUUAGUUGCAUGCUUAAGUGUUUAUUCUAGUAAACCCAUGUUGGCUUGAGUGUCAAAUGUCUUUUCUAUUAACAUUUUUUGACUGGAUUGUGCUUUGAUGCAGCAUCUUGUUUUAAAACUACUUUAAUUCAGGAUUAAACAUGAAAUGUAUUCCAGUAAAAAUCUUAAAGACCGAUAACUAUGUUUUCCUCCUCAAGAGCAUAAACACAUGCUGAGCGUUUCUUCUUACGGUAUCACACAAAUAACCUACUAGUUACAGUUAUGUAUUGUACUUUAAAAAAUUUUUUUUUUAUUUUUUUUUUUGUGAACAAUAAAGGUCAGAUCUGGGAGAAAUCGUGCGUUGUUUCGGUCAAUUUGUCAGUGAAGACCCUCAAUACUGUUUUUGACCACAGGGUGGCAGUAUAUGUCUAAGAAUAAGCGCCGCCGCAGUCAAACAGCAUGAGAUCUGAUGUAGUUGUCUGUUUCUUGGCUUUUUGCAGUUCCCCACAGGUGCAUAAAUAAAAUCCAGAUUCUACA